GUCUUCUCCUCCUCAUCGCCUCCUUUAUCCUAUGGCUCCUCUCCUCUUCUCCUCCCCUCCCCUCUUCUCCUCUCCCCUGUAGAGGCGCGACACCGGUGAGUGCUCCCGGCGUUGAAGGCGAGGGCGGCGGGGUAGUUCGUGUCAACGUGGAGCUGUUGGAUCUUGUUCCCCUUCUUGUCUUUUCUUCUCCAGAGUUGGUGGCGAAAGGAUUGAUCUCGGGGAGAAUGUUAUCUUGUGAGUAGUCAAUAUGGUUGGAAUGUUGAAAGGUCAUGAAGUUCUGGUACCUCUUAAGACUUGGUUCUCAACUCUCAGGUUUAGCAAGGCUCUAAAAAAGCUGACCCCAACGCAGAUAGGUUUUGUUCACAAAUAUGAUCUACAUAACCUAUUGCUUAUCCGUGAGCACUUUAGUGUGCUGAUUAACGUGUUGCAAUGGGUGCUUGAUCAUAUGGACUAUGCGGGGGUUGGCAUUCUUCGGUAGAAGAAGAAAGUUAUUCACAUUAGGAGGGAGAUGGUAACUCAGGUUUUUGGGAUUCGUUCUGGAGUUGAACCUUUUCCUGAGUAUGGCUGAUCCAUUAGCCGAGGAGAGAGUUCAGGAGUUGCGGGCAUAUUACCAAUGUGGUGGGAAAGAUAUUGCUAUAAAGAACAUAAUCAUGCUCAUGGAGAAGGAUGAAAAUGAAGAAAGUUUCAUUUGUAGCUUUUUGUUCCUCUUCUUUACAUGUAUCUUUUGCCCAACCACACAUAAUUAGGCCUAUUGGAAGUUUCUCUACGGCUUGCAUGACAUUUCAAAGAUUAAGUCAUAUGAUUUGGCUACAAUGUGUAUUGAUCACUUGUCAAAGGAGAUAGUCAAGCACCAUGAGAAAUUGCUUGAUGAUUGGUUUCGAAUAGUUCGAAGGGAUCCCGAGGAUGAAACUGGUCCUGAUCAAAUGUUUGUGGGAGGGUGUUUGCCGCUAGUUGCGAUAUUGUACAUGCAUUUCCUUGAUCUUAAGGUUGCUGCACGGAAACGAAAGAUUGACUAUAGUGUCCCAAGAAUAGCUCAUAUCAAGAAUCAGGACUUUGAUUUUGUUUAUUUGGUUGACAUGAAGCAUGAUCGUGUAAAGAAGCUAAAAUUUGGUGCAAUGCCAUUCAAAGAUAUUUCUGAGGCCCCAUACAGUGUGCGUGCAUUGAUACUGACAGAAGAAAAGUGGCUUAAAUUGGAUGCCAAUGCUACUCAGGUUGAUGAUAACAACCUUGGUCGGUGUAGCAAGUCUGUUCCAGGAGGAAUGCCAUAUGCUUCAAAAGAGAGACUAAUUCUUCUGUCUUGUUUUUACUUUUUCUCUUCUGUCUUGUUCAUAUAGGUUUCUUUUUGUGGUAUGCUUGUACUUUUUUAGUAUUAAAAUGUGUUUUUUGGUCUCUGUCACUGUAGGUGUUGGAGUUAAUGUCUGAGGUUGUCUCGAAGCAUGAGAAGUUAUGGAAGAUAGCUCAUGAGAAACAUGUGUCUGGGUUGCUAGUAGAACUUAGAUCAGUUGUGUCGUCCUGUUUUGCAGAGAGUGGUGAAUGUUCAAUUCAGGCUUCAGAAUCUGCAAGGUCUAGUUGCUCAGGUAAAUGUUGGAAAAGAUGCUCGAGCGGCCUUUCCGCAAGGAAUUCAAGGUUCACCUAGGAUGUCUAAUGUUGAUCAAGAUGUUGCAAUGCCCUCUGCUGAAGGAGUUCAUAUUUCACCUUCGAGGCUUAUUCCUGAUCAAGUUGGUACACCACAGCGAGUUCAGGACAAUCAGUCAGGACCUAGUCCAGUGAGUGUCAUCAACAUUGCAUCCACAACCGUUACUAAGAUUGCCCCUCAUGAAGUUGAAGUGAGAGAUCAUGUUGGAGGGUGCACUAACAUAGCAAUGAGCAAUGAAAAUGAAAAUGAAGAUGCCCCCUGAAGACACCUUGAAGUUGUUGUCUGCCGUUGAACGUAAGCAUGCAGAUGUUUUAUGAUUUUUUAUAGUUUCUGUUUUAGAUUUUUGUCCUCUUCACUAUUUUCUUUCAAUCUAACCUAUUCGAUUUCUUCUUGUGUUUCUGUCGUGUGUUCUACAUUGUGUGGGGUUGGUAUUAUGUAGCGAGUCAUGGAAGUGAAGAUGAUUGCACCCCUCAAGAUGCUUUUAAGUUUU